GCCGUUAAACCCCAUCGAAGAAGUACGUCAGGCGUUGAAAGGAAGUGCGGACGCAUAUAACUUUACCACUUACGUUGUUGCCAGUUAUAAAUAUCUACGGAUUGUUUAGUCCACAUACGCUUCGAAAUUGUAUACAAAACUGUAAUUUGGACUGGACAACAUGGCGCAGUUGGUAUCCAUUAUGGAGGUUUUAGCUAAAGCAGCUGUAGCAGAAAUUAACAAACGUGUUGAUGAUAGCUGUGCAGUUAUACGUUUGGAAAUUACCCAAAGCCAGCGAGAUAUUGAUGUACUGAAAAGGAAGUGUCAAAUGAUGGAGAGCGAGCUGAAGAAGACACGAGGACAAGUCAGGAGAAAAGUUCUUUACCCCAUGGCAUCAGAGAGAUCUUCAUAUCCAGUCAAGAUUGUUUUGAACAAGCAGAAGAGUAAAUCACAGUGGAGAGAUGGAGCGAUGGCUGUUGAAGAGGACUCUCAACCCCAGCCUACAGAUGUGGAGCAGAGAGCAGAGACUGAACCCAUACUGAUCAAAGAUGAAGAGACAGCAGAGGAUGUGUGGGAGACUGACCCUCAGGAAGAGCUCAGGAUCACUGGAGAGGAGUCUGGUUCCAAGCCUGGGCAACCACCAUCCUUUGAGCAACGGCACUUUGAUGAGGACUUCAUCACACAACCCAACAUAUCUCCUGAAGACUCAGUGGAACAUUGCCCCAAUUCUGAUGGUCCAGAGGAACCAGGCACACCCCGGCUCGCAUCUACAGAGGUGUUCAGCACAGAGCAACACCAGCCAGCCGAGGAUGAGGACUCACAAGAGCAAGUGAUGGUGAAGGUUGAGAAAAAGGAGGUGCUGGAUCAGACCACAACCCUGGCAGGACCUGACCAGUUUGUCAUGGAUGAGACUGAUGGGCAGCUGUGGACAUCUGUGGAUCCAGGCAGAGACACUGACCCUGAUGGCCAUCCAGAUUUCUCCUUUCAUGCCAUAGAGGAGUACUCUCAGAAUAUCUCAAUUUUCCCAUCUCACAGUGGGCUUCCAUCCCUUCCUACUAUGACAGAUGAUGUAGGACCAUCGGUUCACUCUUCUAUAGGGAAACCACAUGCUAACAUGUUCAGUGCAGCAGCACACAUGAAAAGACAUGUCAGGACAUUGGCUGAUGAGACUAGACAACAGAUGCCAGAAAGACAGAGCAGCGAGACGCUGAACUCAAAUAAUGACGGAAAUAGUUUAGCUCUACAGCCAAGGCAGCAUCAGCACAGGGCUUCAGAAGCAACAGUGAGAAUGAGUGAGUGCAUGACAGGGUCAAACAUGGCCACCACCUCCACCUUCUCUGGAUACGGCCUGAGUCGCAGUAGUUUUAACAUGGUGAAGAGAAUGAGGACUCAGUGGAGGUCAGGCGGCACCACCAGAGAGAAACCGUACACCUGCGAACAGUGUGGCAGGAGUUUCCCCAAGCAGUACAACCUGAUCAGACAUGCUGUGGUCCACAGCGGGGAGAAGCCCUACAAGUGCACACAGUGUGGGAAAUGCUUCACCCAGCGUUCCAGUAUGAAGUCACAUCAGAGAACUCACAUAGUAGAGAGUCCGGUGUCCCAAUAUGGGGUACCCGUGUACCCUGGGGAUCCACACACAAGUUUGUCUCAGACGAGAUGGAACAAAUAAAACAUGGCAUAGCUUGUCUAACACUUUCUGUGAAAAUGUGGUACAGCAGGUGUUUUGAGACAUUUUAACAAGCUUUUCUUCCUAAUUGAUUUGUGAAAUGUUUUACUGUUGACAGCUCCACAGUUUCAUUUGAACAACCUACUUACAACUUAAUCAGUCAUAAAUGUUAUGUAAUCAAAUGUAUUUAAAGAAAUUGUCAAUCCUGCGCAUUUAGAUAAAGAAAACAUAUAGUAGCCAUUUAGUAUGUGUUGUCUAGUUAGUGUUUAUAUAGUUAGUGUUUGUCUAUCUGGAACAAUUUCUUGCUACAAGGGACUGUCUCGUAUCAAGUCAGGUUAAUAACUAAACUUUAUUUCUUGAAUUAUAUUUUUUUAAAGUUAUAUUGCAAGGCAAUAAAAUGUUUCAGUUCAACUGCGUACAUGUUACAUGUACAGUGCCUUCAGAAAGUAUUCAUACCCCUUGACUUUUUACAGCCUGAUUUAAAAACGGAUUAAUUUAAUAUUUGUUUUCUCUUGCCUUUCACAUAAUAUCCCUUAAUGUCAAAGUGGAAUCUUAAUAUUUAGAAAUGUAUACAAAUGAAUUAAAAAUGAAUGAAAAGCC